GUGGCAGUGUGCAUCAUAUGCUCGUUUGAUUCCAUAAUCUGCAGUUCAUCGCUAAAUUCGAGAAGAAGCGUGAUGGCAGGUUCAGGCUCCUGGAGGACACCGCGGGGAUGUGAUGUCUACUGGAGUGAAUACAGACAUUGUAAGAGUUUAUGGAGCCGCUUCCAUCACUACUACACUUACGGAACGUCACCGCUAUGCCAGCAGUGGAAAGACGACUAUGGCGCGUGCAGAGAGUGGGAAAAGACACACAGUGCACAUGCCAAGGAGUGUCUCCAGGAGAGUGAAAGGAAGCGAGUGUCUGAGCAAAGGAGCUUCACUCCAGUUUGGGAGAUGAGACAUAAGCCGCCAGCCGACUGGCACAUGCCUCUUAAUCAGGACCAGUCACAGGACUCUUGAAAGCGCACAUGCACAUCAUUGUCCAUGAAUUCAAACCUGUUUAUAUGCCUUGUGUAUAUGUACAGUUAAGUUUUGGUUAUGUUUUUAUCUUUUAACAGGUGCUCAGCCCUUCAUAUUUAAUAAAUAUAAGGAACUUAUUGAAAAUAUACAAGUAACGUAAUUGUCAUUAAUUAAAAUCUCUGUUAUGUAAAACAACUUGCAUAAGAAUAAAUGUGUUUGUUUUAUGGAAUAGCACAGCAUACAGUAGACUAAUGUAAAUCAUUAAAAUUUACAAAUUGUU